AUGACAGUCAUGCUGACGUGCGUGCCGAGAGAAGCGCAUUCUAUUGGGAUAUUUGUCUUGCUGGCCGUCUUAAUUGGCUUUUUGGCCGGCUGGCCUGGAGUUGGCGUCAACCGUCCAAUCCUCACGGAAAUAGUUAAUCCAGAACAUCGUGCCACGACAUUUGCGCUGGUUUCAUGCCUUGAGGGUGUCGGAGCUGCUGCGCUGGGAGCUCCUAUAGUUGGCUUUUUGUGCGAGAACGUCUUUGGCUAUGUCAAGAUGACGUCGACGGGGCCUCUCAAGACACCAUCUGCGGCGCUGCGACUCGGCAACGCCCGUGCCAUAGCCUUAUCUAUGCUUUGCAUGACUGUUGGGCCUUGGCUACUCACUCUGGUGGCCUACGGAUUCCUCCACCUGACUUACAAAAUUGACAGUCGCCACGGUUCGGAAUCUGCAGCAAGAGACGACGGACCUUCUCCCCUGUUACGGGAGGUCCAGGUUGGCGAAACGCCUCCCCUUGUACCCAAAUGA